AGCGAAUUAAGAGCGAUUUAAUAACAGACGUUCCGUCAAAGCGGGAGCUUCCAAUCAUGGUUCAAUCUCAGCAAAAAAGACCCAUAUCUAGUCGAAUUAGAUUUUGGAAAUAUUUGUUCGGUGUUUUAGUUCCUUUAAUUUUAUUACCUUUACCUCUUGUUUUCAAUACGAAGGGUACAAAUAUGAUGUUUGUUGGAGGCCUUUUCAUGGCUGUCGCAAUUGAAGAAUGCAACCUACACAAGAGAAUAGCUCUGACAGUAUUAAAUUGGGUUGGGCCAACAGCAUCGUGGAUGAUGUUCGGUUUCAUGUGCACAUCCAUGUUUCUAUCCAUGUGGAUAAGUAAUACAGCAACUGCAGCUCUUAUGGUGCCUAUAAUUGAGGCAGUCAUGGAAGAAAUGGGAGAUAAACCACCAAAGGAUGACAACCUCAGGAAAAGUAUGCCAGGAAAUCGUAAUUAUUUAACAUUUUCAGUCAUAUCUGUGGAACAUAAGGUACCUACAGAUCCACAUUGUAAAGAGCUUGAUACGAAAUGUUCUCGGAACAGUGCUGAGAAUGUUGUCCAUAAAAGCCAAAUGAUAGGAGUAAUAAAGCGAGCCAUGUUUUUAAGUGUUGCAUAUUCUGCCAAUAUUGGAGGAACAGGAACGUUGACGGGCACAGGACCUAACUUAGUAGUCAAGUCUAUUACGGAAAAACUUUUCCCCGACUGUCCGGAUUUGUCUUUCGACAAAUGGAUGAUGUUCAACGUCCCUGUUAUGUUGAUGGUUGUCGCCAUCGCCUGGGCUUAUCUCUAUAUGUUAAAUAUACGAAAAGCUUCAAGCAUUUAUACACCGGAACUGAAGGAGAAUCUGAAACAAAUUAUUAAGAAGAAACACUUAGAGUUGGGACCGAUGAGAUUUCAGGAAAAAGCUGUGGCCACUCUAUUUUUCCUGCUUGUCAUGUUAUGGAUAUUUCGUGAUCCGCAGUUUAUUACUGGUUGGGGAAGUUAUUUUCCAUUAAGAGUUUCAGAUGCUACCCCAGCAAUUGGAAUUCCGAUUCUUCUGUUUCUGAUUCCAUCUGAACCCACGCGUAUAGGAAAGAGUAAACCACUCCUGGAGUGGAAGACACUGCAGCACAAAGUUCCUUGGGGUGUCAUAAUAUUGCUAGGGGGAGGAUUUUCCCUUGCUACGGCGUCCGAGAGGUCGGGUCUUUCAAAAUGGAUGACAGCACAACUACUCUCACUAAACAUAUCAUCGCCAUUCGCAGUUGUCGCACUGCUUUGCAUUCUAACAGCAGUCAUCACAGAAUUCACAAGCAAUGUUGCGACUGCUAAUGUCCUCUUACCUGUGGUAGCUGAAUUGGCUGUGGCUAUGAAAAUAAAUCCUUUGUACAUGAUGAUUCCCGUGACAAUAUCCUGCUCAUUUGCAUUCAUGCUUCCCGUGGCCACACCACCUAAUGCUAUAGUCUAUGAGGCUGGUACAAUGAGUACACUGGAUAUGCUAAAACCAGGAAUGUUGAUGAACAUAAUGAGUGUGGGAAUUGAAAUCUUAAUGAUAAGUACUUUUGGAAAGCUAAUAUUUGAUUUUGACCACUUUCCAUCAUGGGCUGAAAGAACAUUCCAAGUAUAACAUUAUCUUUAAAUAAUUUCCUCAAAAUAUUUAUCAAAGAACUACGAGAAUUCUCAUAUUAGCAGUCAUCAACACAAAUAUCAGUUCUUCCCUAUUUUAUAGAGCCAGUGUUGGAUGACAUUGUCAAUGUAAGUUGGGUCAUAAAGACUCUACUGUCAUGUGCCAGACUCCAUUUUCAAUUCUGAAUAGGCUAUGUACAAAAAGUUAAGUUACAUUUAAUUUCCGUUUUUUAAUAUAUUAUAAUUGCAAAGUUAUUUUUAGAUUGUGGCUUCUAAGCAAUUGAAAAAUUUUGAACACAAAUCAAUUAUGUCAGGCAAAAUAAAUUGACGCAAGUUCAUAAGCAUUUGCGGCUUUUCUCAAAAUAUAAAGUUUUUCAUCUACUUAAUUACAAAACUGUUCAUAACAAAACAAAUUUAUUUAAAAAUGGAUAACAAAUUGAUUUUUCUUCUUUCACAUCUCAAUUCUGAUAUUGAUUGUUUAAUCAUCUCAAUUCCGAUAUUGAUUGUCAAAUCAUCUCAAUUCUGAUAUUGAUGGAUUGAAUGAGUCUUCCAGCAAGCAAGAACUAUGUUGUUGCGAAAGAAUAUAAAAAUCACACAAAGAAUAUACAUUUAUGAGAAGCUAAAGUAGAAUAAGCAUACAUACCAUGAAUCUUCAUUGCUUAUUUCUAUUGAUGGUUUUGUAUUUUAGGUUGAAUAAAUAUUCUAUAAAGGAAUGUUAAGACUUUAUAAAGUUAGACAUACUAAAAACAUUCUCCAGUUUAACAUAUAAUAAAUUAAAUGUGUGUAUGACAAGAAAUUUUUAAUCUAAUUUUGUGAUUUAUUAACUAGUAUUUAUUUAGUACUAAAAGACUAUUUUUUAAAUCAUUGAGAUUAUAUUAUUUAUUCAUUAAUCUGUAUUACAAUAUUCAUCUGUAAAUAAUUACAUAAGAGUUUCAUGCAUAUUUUUGUUACAUGUUUAUAAAUUUUUACAUAUGUCUUUUAAUAAAAGUUAUUUUUAAAUCCUUGUA